UAGAGCGGACUCUAUAUAUAUAUUGUACUACCGUGCUCGCCUUCAACCUCUCUAUCUCCUUCUUCAGUUAAACAAAACGUCUUCUUCUCUCUUCUCUAUUUGUUUCCCGUUUGAUUUCUUUUACUUUUCUUGGUAAUUCAAGUUCCAAAACACAGACAAAAUGCCUGCUGCUGGAGGUUUCGACAAGGGUACAGGGAAGGCCUACCCUGGAAACCUUACUCCCUUCGUUACCGUAACAUGUAUCGUUGCAGCCAUGGGCGGUCUCAUCUUUGGUUACGAUAUUGGGAUUUCUGGUGGGGUGACUUCAAUGCCAUCGUUUUUGAAGAAGUUCUUCCAUUCUGUGUACGAGAAGCAACAAGCUAAAAAGUCGUCUAAUCAGUACUGCCAAUACAACAGCGAGACGCUGACUCUCUUCACGUCUUCAUUGUAUUUGGCCGCUCUACUCUCCUCCCUUGUUGCUUCCACAGUCACAAGAAAAUUUGGCCGGAAAUUGUCCAUGUUAUUCGGCGGCGUGCUGUUUCUCGCCGGUGGUUUGAUCAAUGGUUUCGCCAAGGCAGUUUGGAUGCUCAUUCUCGGUAGAAUAUUGCUUGGUUUCGGUAUUGGCUUUGCGAAUCAGUCUGUGCCGCUGUACCUUUCUGAGAUGGCUCCAUACAAAUACAGAGGCGCCCUCAACAUUGGCUUUCAAUUGUCAAUCACAGUUGGAAUUCUUAUAGCCAAUGUGUUGAACUAUUUCUUUGCCAAGAUAAAGGGUGGUUGGGGAUGGCGUUUGAGUUUGGGCGGUGCCAUUGUCCCUGCUCUUAUCAUUACAGUGGGCUCAUUGGUCCUCCCUGACACCCCCAAUUCGAUGAUCGAACGUGGCGAGCACGACGAGGCUAAGAGGAAACUCAAGAGAGUUCGCGGUCUCGAUGAUGUUGAUGAGGAGUUUAAUGACUUAGUUGCAGCUAGUGAGGCCUCUAAACUAGUUGAACAUCCAUGGAGGAAUUUGUUAGAGAGGAAAUAUAGGCCUCACCUUACUGUUGCCAUUUUAAUCCCCUUCUUCCAACAACUCACUGGCAUCAAUGUGAUCAUGUUUUAUGCCCCCGUUUUGUUUAACACAAUUGGGUUUGCUAACGAUGCCUCGCUCAUGUCAGCCGUGAUCACUGGUAUCGUUAAUGUUGGUGCCACCAUUGUUUCAAUUCGUUACGUUGACAAGGUUGGAAGAAGGUUUCUUUUCCUUGAGGGUGGAGCACAAAUGUUGAUCUGCCAGAUUGCUGUUGCGGCAUUUAUUGGUGCUAAAUUUGGGACAAAUGGGGAACCUGGUGCGUUGCCAAAGUGGUACGCCAUUGUUGUGGUGCUCUUCAUUUGCAUUUAUGUUGCAGGCUUUGCGUGGUCUUGGGGGCCUCUUGGUUGGCUUGUGCCAAGUGAAAUUUUCCCUCUUGAAAUUCGAUCAGCUGCUCAGAGUAUCAAUGUCUCAGUGAAUAUGCUCUUCACCUUUGCUGUUGCUCAAGUCUUCUUGCAAAUGCUUUGUCACUUCAAGUUCGGUUUAUUCCUCUUCUUCGCCUUCUUUGUGGUGUUGAUGACAAUCUUUAUCUACUUUUUCUUGCCUGAAACAAAGGGAAUCCCCAUUGAAGAAAUGGGUCGAGUAUGGAAGACACACUGGUAUUGGUCCCGAUUUGUUGGUCCAAAUGAUUUUGUGUCGGCUGGAAGCCUUGAAAUGGGCAAAGGAAAUGCUACUCUUCAAGUAAAGAAUGUGUAAUCAAGUUAAUUAUAGGGCUUCUGUUUUUAUUAUGGGAUUUUAUGUCUAGACACCUUAAAGACUUGUUUCCUGAAAAUUUAUAACUUUAUGAACAACUCUAGUUAAUUUUAGUAAAA